AUGCCCGUUGAAACCGCCUACGACCCCAAGGAUAUGCUGUUCCGCCACCUGGGACCUACCGGUCUCAAGGUCAGUGUCUUCAGUCUUGGAGGCUGGUUGACAUAUGGAGGUACCCAGAAGGGCGAUAUCGUCAAGCAGAUUCUCCAGAAGGCUUGGGACCACGGUGUCAACACUUUCGACACCGCUGAGGUUUACGCCAACGGUGAAUCUGAGGUCGAGAUGGGCCGAGCCCUCAAGGAGCUUGCCUGGCCCCGCGACGAGUACGUCCUCACCACAAAGGUCUUCUUCGGAACUGGCCGCAAGGAGCCCAACACCCGUGGUCUCAGCCGAAAGCACGUCGUCGAGGGUCUCAAGAGCUCUCUCAAGCGCCUCGAGCAGCCUUACGUCGAUGUUGUCUUUGCCCAUCGUCCCGAUUACGCCACUCCCAUGAAGGAGAUCGUUGAGGGAUUUACCCAGGUCAUUCGCAACCUGAACCUUGCCUACUACUGGGGCACUUCAGAGUGGAGCGCCGCUCAAAUUACCGAGGCUACUCACAUCGCCGAGCGCUACAACCUUAUUGCUCCUGUCGUUGAGCAGCCUCAAUACAACGCCCUCCACCGUGAGCGCUUCGAAGUUGAGUACGCACCCCUGUACGACCAGUUCAAGUACGGAACCACCAUCUGGUCCCCUCUUGCCAGCGGUCUUUUGACCGGAAAGUACAACAACGGCAUCCCCGAAGAUUCCCGCUUCGCCACCAACAAGUCUUUCUUCGAGGGGACCGUCAACGAGCUCCAGACCGAGGCCGGCAAGGCCAAGAUCGAGAAGGUCAAGAAGCUCACAGAAGUCGCCGAGCGUCUCGGCGGAAACGUCGCCCAGCUCUCUCUCGCCUGGGCCCUCAAGAACCCUAACGUCAGCACUGUUAUCCUGGGUGCUACCAAGGUUGAGCAGCUCGAGGAUAACUUCAAGGCUCUGGACCUUUACAAGAAGAUCGACGAUGCUGUUUUGGAGGAGAUUGAGAAGAUCCUUGAUAACAAGCCUAAGCCUCCUGCUACCUACAACCGUGAGAGGUAA